AUGUCUGAUGCAGAGCCAAUGAACGACCCGUAUCGCCACAUUCGUUUGCCCUCGACUGCCAGCACCGCUUCUACCGCGUCCAGUGGGUCUGAAUCGCUACAACUGUUACAUUCAGCUGCGUCGUACCCAUCCUUCGAUCUCUACCCCUUCCCCAACAUGUACGGCGCCAACCAGGCCGAGCAAUAUUUCCAGUCCAACUAUAUGCUCUCGCCCGAGACCUCGGCUAAGAUGGCUUCUCUUCUUCAGCCCAGGAAUACUACUGACAUAUUUUCUGCUUCUAGUCCCAACUGCUCGCAAAUCCCGAAGCUUCGGAUCGCGUGCUCCACUGGCCUCACGGGCUCUAGGACGAUGUGGUCUCACUGUGAACAAUGCGGCGCUAUCCAAAUGGUUGAAUCUGACUGA